AUGCGUAUGAUUAUUGCAAUCCUAUUAUCUUUGGUCGUAAUACAAGCAGCUGUGACAAAGGUAGAUUUCGAUAAAUGCAAAUUUUGCGUUGACGUGGUGACAGAUGUUAAAGAAUAUCUCGUUAAAGAAGGAAAUUCAACAGAAAAAUUUCUGGAAGACCAUUGUAUAGCGGCCGCAAAUAACCAUGAUUGGAAGAAAUUGGUUUGUGAAACAUUACUUACUGCGGUUGAAGAAUUGCUACGUUUAAUUAAAAUUCAAAUGAAUCCGAGUGAAAUUUGUCUAAAAUUGAAAGCUUGUUAA